AUGGCAAUGGGGAAGUAUUCUCGUGUAGACGGGAAGAAGUCAUCAGGCAAUGGCUUAACCAUUACUAUAGUUGUAGUUGUUUCUCUCUGUUUGGUUGGGGCGUGGAUGUUCAUGUCUUCAUGGUCUCCCUCAACUGAGUCUGUUGACUUCUCUUCAAGCCAGAUUGCAAAGGAUGUGGAAACUAGUACUAAGAGUGAUGUCACUAACGAAGAAGUUGGCAAGAGUGAGGUUGUGACAGAGAGCAACGAAGAGAAGCCUGAUCCUGAGAGCUCUGUUGAGAAAAAGGAAUUUGAAGACAAUAAUGGAGAAGGAGAUAGAAAAGAUGGGGAGGGUGAGAAAGACACGGAGACAGAGAGUAAUGAAACGAAGGAAAAAGAGAAGACACAACUGGAAGAGAGCUCAGAAGAGAACAAAUCAGAGGAUGGUAAUGGAACCGAAGAGAACAAAUCAGAGGAUGGUAAUGGAACCGAAGAGAAUACUGAAGAAAACACCGACAAGAAGACAGAAGAAAACACUGGUGAAACUGAAGAGAAGACUGAGAAGAACACUGAUGACCAGGCUGAGAUUACAAAGGAGUCAAGCACUGGAAGUGGUGCUUGGUCUACUCAAUUGGUUGAGUCGCAGAACGAGAAGAAAGCGCAAGUCUCUUCUAUCAAGUGGAAACUCUGCAAUGUGACAGCUGGACCAGACUACAUCCCUUGCCUUGACAACUGGCAAGCUAUCAAGAAGCUUCAUUCCACUAAGCAUUAUGAACAUCGUGAGAGGCAUUGUCCUGAGGAAUCUCCAACCUGCCUUGUUUCUCUUCCAGAAGGAUAUAAACGAUCCAUCAAGUGGCCUAAGAGCAGAGAAAAGAUCUGGUACAACAAUAUUCCUCACACCAAGCUUGCACAAGUGAAAGGACAUCAAAACUGGGUGAAGAUGAGUGGUGAAUACUUAACAUUCCCUGGUGGUGGUACUCAGUUCAAGAACGGUGCUCUUCACUAUAUCGAUUUCCUCCAAGAGUCAUAUCCUGAUAUUGCUUGGGGAAACAGAACACGUGUUAUAUUAGAUGUUGGUUGUGGUGUUGCUAGCUUCGGAGGAUAUCUUUUUGACAGAGAUGUGCUUGCCUUGUCAUUUGCUCCCAAAGAUGAACACGAGGCGCAGGUGCAAUUUGCUUUGGAACGUGGUAUCCCUGCAAUGUCAAACGUUAUGGGAACCAAGAGGUUACCUUUCCCAGGAUCUGUUUUCGACCUUAUCCACUGUGCUCGUUGUAGAGUCCCUUGGCAUAUUGAAGGUGGUAAACUGCUUUUGGAACUGAACCGUGCAUUGAGGCCUGGUGGUUUCUUUGUCUGGUCGGCGACUCCAGUUUACAGGAAGACCGAAGAAGAUGUUGGCAUAUGGAAAGCUAUGUCGAAGCUAACAAAGGCAAUGUGCUGGAAACUAAUGACGAUUAAGAAAGAUAAACUGAAUGAAGUUGGUGCUGCCAUUUACCAAAAGCCAAUGACUAAUGAUUGCUACAACCAAAGAUCUCAAAAAGAGCCACCUCUCUGCAAAGACUCUGAUGAUCAAAAUGCCGCUUGGAAUGUUCCACUUGAGGCAUGUAUGCACAAAGUGACAGAGGAUUCAUCAAAACGCGGAGCAGUUUGGCCUGAGAGUUGGCCAGAAAGAGUAGAGACAGUUCCUCAGUGGUUGGAUUCUCAGGAAGGUGUGUAUGGAAAACCUGCACAAGAGGAUUUCACAGCAGACCAAAAACGUUGGAAGACUAUUGUCUCAAAGUCAUACCUCGACGGUAUGGGAAUUGAUUGGUCUUAUGUGAGAAAUGUGAUGGACAUGAGAGCUGUCUAUGGAGGGUUUGCUGCUGCUUUGAAGGAUCUGAAACUGUGGGUGAUGAAUGUAGUUCCUAUUGACUCAGCUGAUACACUACCAAUUAUAUAUGAACGUGGUUUGUUUGGAAUCUACCAUGAUUGGUGUGAAUCAUUCAGCACUUACCCUCGAACUUACGACCUUCUUCAUGCUGAUCAUCUUUUCUCUUCACUGAAGAAGAGGUGCAGCUUGGUGUCGGCUAUAGCUGAAGUGGACAGGAUUCUUAGACCACAAGGAACGUUUAUAGUAAGAGAUGACAUGGAAACAAUAGGAGAAAUUGAGAAGAUGGUGAAAUCAAUGAAAUGGAAUGUAAGAAUGACACAUUCCAAAGAUGGAGAAGGAGUUCUCUCUGUUCAGAAGUCAUUGUGGCGUCCUACAGAGGUCGAGACAAUUACAUCUGCAAUAGCCUGAAGGUAAAGAAAACGAAGAAGAAGAAGAAGAAUAUGGGGAUUUUACUUUUUAUAGUUGUAUGAUUAAGUUGUUUCUUUUAUGAUCACAUUGAUUGUUACUAGUCCAACAUUUGUAUCUCUUUCUCCUUUGCUUUGACAAAAAUUGUAUACUGUCUCAAAAGUGUAAACUUAUUGAGUUUUUGGUUUGGUCCUAAAGACCCAUGAAAGUAUAAACCAUUCUGGAAAGUAAAAUAUAAAUAUGAUCUUGCUACAGACCAAGGUUAUACAUUUGGUUCAAUUUUAAGGAAGAAAACAACAGUGUCUAUAAACCAACUCAGUUACAAAAAAAAAACAUACAGUGUCAUCAUCUCUUGUAAGGCUGAAAAGGAUAUCUCUGAAACUCAGAUCCAAAGGUAAUAGACUCCUCAUCAAGUUUCUUCUUCAACCUCCUCCAAGUCCUCAACUUAUUAGACUGAAUCAACCCUUUAUACAACGUCUCAAACGUCACCUUCUGCGGCAAGAAACCUCUCUCAAUCAUCUCCACAAAAUACCCACAAGCCUCCCUCCAUUUCUCCUUCCCACACAACCCAUGAACCAAACAAGUAUACGAAUCCAAAUCCGGACCCGUCACACUCCCUCUAAGAUCACACCAAAUCUCCUCCACAAUCUCCAUCUUCCCCAAAUUCACAAACGCACCCAACAGAACAUUAUAAGUCCUCGUAUUCACCUCACACAACCCACCUCUCAUCUUCUUAUACAAAUCCAUCGCCCCACUAACAUCUUUCCUCCCUUUAUACUCCUUGAAAAAACAGUUAUACGUGGCGGAAGACGGACUAAUCCCGUCUCCCACCAUCUCCUCAAGCAGCUCCUCGGCUUCCUCAAGCCUCCCACAGGAGCACAAACACUUCACAACGGAAGUGUACGUCUCCACGGUGGGGCUAAUCCCUUUAACCUUCAUUAACUUCAGUUUAUCCAAACUCAACUCGGACUUAUGCGCCCGACUAUACAUAUGAAGAACAAUCGAGAAGCUCGUGACGUCGGGCUCGAUCCCUCUCUCACGCAUUUCAUCGAACACCUUCUCCGCACUCCUCACAUUCUUUUCGAACCUCUCUUCGGGAUGCAAACUCGCCGUCCGGCAGAUUCCGUUGAGGAGGACGUUGUAGGUGACGACGUUAGGCUCGAUCCCGGACUCGAUCAUCUCCGAUAAGAGCCUCUCCGCCGUAUCGAUCCUCCGGAGCUUACACCAUCCCGCGAUGAGGAUCGUGUAGAUCUUCGCGUCGGAUCCGAGGACGGAUCUGCGCUCGUUGAAGACUCCGACGGCUAACCUCGUGUGACCGUAUUUGCAGAGGGUGUCGAGGAGGAAGGCGAAGUGGUGGAGGGUGAAGGGAGUUUGGAGGAAGGUUGGAGCGUCGUCGAAGGUUCGCAGGGCUUGGCGGGUGAGGCCGGCGGCGAUGAGGCGUUUGACGAGGAUGAGGAAGGUUUCGGGGGAAGGAUCGGUUUCGGAGAUGAGGUGGCGAACGACGUCGAAUUGGCGGACUUUGGCGAGGAUGUCGAUGAGGAGGUUGAAGGAGGUGGGGGUUGUGGGAGGGGAGGGUGAGGAGCGGAGGUGUUGGAAGAAGGAGAGGGCAAUUUUGGAAUUGUGGCGGAGGCGGAGGAGGGUUUGGUUUACGAGGUGAGGGGAGAGGGAGAUUCCGUGGAGUUGGAGGGGGGAUUCUGUGAAGUGGAAGGGGUUGUGGUUUGUGAUUAGGAUUUGGGUUAUUAAUUCGGCGUCGUUUGAGGGUUCGAGUUUUGGGAGGUUUAGGGAGAAUCCGGUUGGGGUUGUGGUUGUGGAGAGACGACGGAGGAGAGGGAAGGUUGGUGGUGGGAUUUUUUGGUGAAGCAUUUUUU